CUGCAUGCCCGCCCUCGUCCUUCGAAUCGAAAAACAUUGCCAAACCCCUCACGAUUCUCCCCGCCGGUCGGCAGCACCGCGGUCGCCAUCAUCGGCUCUCGUCGACCCAUCACAAUGGCGGCGGCGGCGGCGGUUUGCCGUUCUCUUGGUCUGUUCGUGGUCGUCGUCCUCGCCGUGUCAGUCACUGGUGUUUGGUCCAAGUCGUUCACCAUCACCAACAACUGCGGGUACACAGUCUGGCCAGGGGUCCUCUCAGGCGCGGGCUCGCCGGCGCUGGAGACGACGGGCUUCGAGCUCCCGCCGGGCGCGUCGCAAACCCUGGAGGCGCCGGCGGGAUGGUCAGGCCGUCUGUGGGGCCGCACCCUCUGCUCCACCGACGCCACCACCAACAAGUUCACAUGCGCCACGGGCGACUGCGGCUCGGGCACCGUGGCCUGCGGCGGCGGCAACGCGGCGCCGCCGGCGACGCUGGCGGAGUUCACGCUGGACGGCAGCGGCGGCAUGGACUUCUACGACGUGAGCCUGGUGGACGGCUCCAACCUCCCGCUGCUGGUGGCGCCGUCGUCGUCCGGCGCCGCCGCCGCCGGCAACUGCGCGCCCACGGGGUGCCUGGUCGACCUCAACGCCGCGUGCCCCGCUGACCUGCGUGUCGUCGUGACAUCGUCGUCGGCCGCCGCCGAUGUCAACGCCGAUGAUGUCGUCGCGUGCAAGAGCGCGUGCCUCGCGUUCGGGUCGCCGGAGUACUGUUGCAGCGGCGAGUACGCGAGCCCCACCACGUGCCGGCCGUCGGCGUACUCGGAGUUCUUCAAGAACGCGUGCCCAAGGGCGUAUAGCUACGCGUAUGACGAUGCUACCUCCACCUUCACCUGCGCCGGCGGCGACACCGCCGCGUACACCGUCACCUUCUGCCCCGGCACCAACAGCGUGAAGUCCUCCAGCCCGAGCUCAGGCGCACCGGGAGACCUGCCGCUCAUCAAUGGCACCAUGGCGUUCGCCGGCGGCGACCAGCAGGUUGGCGCGGCCGCUGCUAUGCCGCCGUCGACGACGUCGCGCACCGUCGUCCUUCUCGUUGCUGCCUUAGUCAUGCUGGCAGGAGGAGCCAUGUCCUGAACUCUGGGUUGCAGAGGACCUAUAUGCAGAAACAAAUACAUGUAGGGAACCUAAUUAACGAACACACAUCGACGUUCAGAGAUUGGCACAGGAGAUGCAAUUUAUUAGGUAGUAAUAUCGGCUGCUUAGGGGGAAACUUCAGCUGCAUAUAGUAGCUACAAAAAUCCUUCAUACAAUUGUUUUUAGGCAUUUUUUAGCUUAAUUUAUGCAGAUUUUUCCUCGGCAAAUCUGUCCUUUUUUAGGCCUGAUAAUUUAGCUUUAUUUAUCUGAUGAGUAGGGUGAAGAAGGUUUAUAAUCCUUUGGAUAUGAAGUUUUUACAAUAUGAAAUCUUGGAUACAAAGCGUA